CCGACUCGAAGGAGGAAAAAAUGAAUCCGAUCACUAAGCCGACGAGAUACAAAACUUAUUCACCUUCGACCUCCCACAUGCAAGUAUCCACCAUGAGGCGUGGGAGUGGAAGCGAAACUGACAUUUCUACGUCAAAUGAAAACUUAAGUAACGAAGAAAGGUAUGCGAUCAGGCACACUUCCAGACAGGAGCCUCAAGGGCAGGAAAACAUGGCCUACAACACAUUAAUAAUACACGAAGACAGCUGGCCCAACAGAACACAUGAUGGAAGGCCUCCACCAGUUUAUAAACCAAAAAUCCAUAAUUCAAAUAACAUGAAAGAUAAUGGCAGCUAUGAUCUUAGUGUGCGAGAAAUUACUGAUAUUCCUGACGAUUACCUUAGGCAAUCCCAGGUCUUGAAACAUUUGGCUAAGGAAGUGAAAGUUAGCAGUAGUGCUGAAAGCAGCGGCGAGAGUGAAACAGUCGUGAAGCAAAGUGCUCGCAGCCGUCUUCGAAGUAAAUUGAGUAAAUCACAACCGGACCUGAGUGCUCUUUCGAUGGCCGAUCGAGAAAACACGCUUCUUAGACACACUCUCGGAAACACAAGGAAAGAUCAGCAAAGAUGUGCCCAAAUGGUGGACCAUCUUAUGCAAGAAAACAACAGUCUAAAAUCAGAAUUAGAAUCUUGUUAUCAUAGAGUUGCCAAAGCACACAAGCUUGAGGAAGAAGUGGGAAAAGUGAAACGGGCCCAUGAAGAAUUGGUCGCAACUUGUGAAAGGAGGGAGAGACUGGAAGUAGCUAGAAUUUCAAGGCUCCAGCAGGAGGUUAGGAGACUCCAAGAGACAAAUCAACGCCUAGUUACUCAGCAUCUACUCUCACCUGAGAAUUCCAGAGUCCAACUUUCAAAACGGGAAGCUCUCAUUGCUCGGCUUGCUUCUCAAAAUAAAGAACUAAACGCAACAAAGGAAAGGCAAGAAAUCGAAUUAGCAGCGCAGCGAGCAACUCUUCAAGAGCAAAGGACUCAUAUAGAUAUUCUUGACACUGCUUUAAUCAAUGCUCAGGCUAAUGUCGUCCGACUUGAGGAAGAGUGUCGACAAAAGCAAGUGCAUGUUGAAAGGGUUGGACAACUACAAAGAGCUCUUUCCAGCUUGCAACUAGCAAGUGAUAGGAGAGAACAGACAGAGAGGAAACUAAGGCUUCAACUGGAACAAGAACUUCAGAAUGAAAGGGCAAAGCACAAUAACACUCAAGAAACUCAAGGUGAGGGAGAAAGUCCUCCAGAGUUGAAAAGGCAGUUGCGGGAAAAAGAUGAAAAAAUAAUGUGGUUAGAAGGAGAGGUGGCCAAAUGGGAACAGAAAUACCUUGAAGAGAGCCAACUUAGACAAGCGGCUAUCGAUGCUGCAAGCAUUCCAAAAGAUGCAAAAAUUGCUGCUUUAGAAAGGACGAGCCAAGAGAGUGAGAAACUUAUAGCUGAAGCUCGCUCUGAUAGGAUCAAACAGAUGGAUGAAGUUCAUGCUGCACAAAAGAAAGUUACAGAUCUUGAAGCAAAGGUGAAAGAGUUGGAAUGUAAGCUCGCUGAAAGAGAUGCUAUGAUUCGAGUUCUUCAAAAGAAACACACUCUGGAUAAAGAUGUUUCCAGUUCAUAUCCUAGUAUAUCACUCGAUACGGUUCCGAGUCUCAAUACCGAUCUUAACGGACUUGCUAAUGACAAUUUAGAUCUUACAGGUGGCGUAUCUACAACAAGCGUGUUUUCAACAGUCAGCAGUGCUCUCACGAGUUCAACAGGUUUUGGAUCUGGGGCAUCAUACACCGGGAGUGUCGACUCUUACCACCAUAAAUAUUCAACGCCAACGGAAAGUUUUCAUCAUAAAUCCCUUGAUGACCAAUUAAAGGAAUUAGAUUCUCAGCUGAUGAGCAAGAGAGGACUUUGCUGUUUUCCAGGAUUCGCUCAUCCAGGCGCUUCGUCGCGAAAAGGAAAAAUACCCCAGCCAUUAUUGGCGGGUGUGACUGGUUUUGAAUCGGGUGGGUUUUUGCAAGGGCUUGUUUCAGUGUCUUCCUCAGGAGGGUCUGGUGGAAGUGGAGGAGAUAAAGGAAAUAACAGAGAAGAAGAUAUGGUACUCCUUGAGAAACAAGGUCUCUGCUCGCAACAGCAAAGAUCGGCUGAACGGUGUGCAAGCCUUCCUCCUAGUUCUUUACCACGACCUAAACGAAACAAGAGCGGAAGCAAGGAUAGAAAAUUAGGGGAAUACGGAAGAUUGAGUGAUUCUGAAGCACCUUCUGGCAGUAACAACGCAAACAAUUCUAGUACAGAUACAACAGAAACAAGACAAAGAGAAUCUCCUGUGAGAAUCAUGCCAAUUUCGAGGAAACUAGGAGAAUAUGGCAGGCUCAGUGACACUGAAAGUAGAAAUGUUUCAGCAAAUUCGAGUUCAGACAAUACAGAGAGGAGAGAAUCUCCUUCUCGCCUUGUGCUCCCGUUAUCUAGAAAGUCUGACUAUACUAGGUUAAGCGGAGACAGGACAAGGAAGAACUCUUGUAGUUCCAAUGAUGGUGAUUAUGAUAACAAAAGAAACAACUCGGAGCCAUCUGCCGCAGCUUCUUCGCCGGGAAGAUUGCGAAAAUCGACUGGCUUUGGAAAUAAACAAAUUGCUGAAACAGAAAUAAGGAUGUCGCCCAUAAACAAGUUCUCUCGUUAUAGUCAAUUCGACGAUUACAAAAAAGUACCGCAUCAAUCGCCUACAACAUCUGUAACCGGAGAGAUGAGGAAAACAGAAUUACCAAUCUCAUUCACCAAGCUCCCUGUUCCCACAAGAAGCUUCUUGCCAACGCCAAGGAAAAUCACUGACUACGGUUGUUUUGAUCAACAAAAAGCAGACCCUAAACUUCGUUUGUUACCUAUUGUCAGAAGAGGUUCUUUACACAGGGAACCUCCAAACCCUGUGAACAAGCAGACCGGUGUCAGAUCUUUACCCACCCCAAACAAAUACAGAAUCCAGUUCUAACGUAAGUACCUGAUAAUUCUUAUUGUUAUAUUUUAUAUAAAUAUUUUAUAAACUCAUAAUCUCUCAAUUUUUGUACAAUCAAAUUGUAUAUGGAAUAACUAAAUGCUUUCAAUUUAGCAAACUGUCCUCCUCCUGUGAAUAAUUAUCUUUUUUCAUAAAUUUGUGGUACUAUUUAAAAUAUUAUUUUUGAGGAGGCAUUAAUUAUUCAUUAAAUACUGUUUAAAAAAAUUUUGUGGAAAAUGAUAAAGGGUAUUUAAAAAAGUUGUGCUAAAACAGAGAAAUACACAAAUUAUAUGCUAAAUUUUGUAAUUUAAACAUGUUGCAGAAAUAGUUGUGUUCUUUGAAGUGCCAAACAAUGAAAAAUUACAGAAUUUGUAAAAUUAUUUUUAGCAUUGUUAUUGUUAAUUGGUUGUUAACCAAAAAGUAUCUUUGCAACUAGUGUCUUCAGGAAGUGCCUAUUGUUCUUAUAGGAAGUAAUGUAUUUAAAAAAAAUAGUUAUUAAUUUUAAUAUAAUCUAGUCCGAAUUAACGUGUAACAAGGCGUUCCUAAUUCUGACAAACAGUAAGUUUUUGAACUCUAUACAGACAGUUAUUGUAUAAAAUUAACACUUGUUUAAACUGUUUAAUACGAGCUAGUCUCACGAGAAAAAAUAAUAUAGUUUUAUAAGAUAUCUUAUAGAACCAAUAAACAAUUUGUGAUUAAUA